GCCCGAUGAACCAAAUGUCACAUAAAAGUCCCAACUACAAGAUGAAGAUUAAGAGUUCUAAAUAUUAAGAGUUCCAUAAAGAAAGCUAAAGGUAUGAAAGGAUGCAUAAUAUUCUAAAUAUAGUACAUAAGUACUGUUUAAAUGAUUUUUCUUUUGUUUAAUUUUGGAAAAUUUUCUAACUAUCGUGAAGUUGAUGCUUUAAGUGCAAAAUAUAUCAAAAAUGAUUCCAUGAAGCUGGUGCUAAUAGUUAUUUACCAAUAUGCUAAUUUCUUAUUGUUGCUAAACAUUCACCAAGAUGCUACUGUUUUUUUUUUGGUAUGGCAUGGUCUUUUUUAUAUAAUUUUCAACCUUUUAAUGUGUCUUCUAAAGUUUUUUUCAUUUUUUCUCUUUCUUCCACACAGUCAGAACUUUAUUUAAAAGAUAUUACUCAUUAGAAUCUGCACUACCCGUUCUCAUAUCUCUUUUCAAGAAACACUCUCCCUCACAGCGAAACCUCUCCUCUUCUUAACUCACAUUUUGAAUUCAACCUUCUCAAAGUAUCUCCAACAAAACUAAAUCCUAGUUAUUAAAAAGGAGAAUUAAAAAUGGCUAGGAUAGGAGGUAUUCUUGUUUGUUUAGUCAUCGCAGGCUUAGAUGUAGGUGCUGCAGUACUCGGAAUCCAAGGAGAAGCCUCUCAAAAUCAGGUGAAGCACAUGAAGCUGUGGCUAUUUGAGUGUAGAGAGCCGAGCCAGGACGCGUUCAGGCUAGGUCUAGGUGCAGCAGCGAUAUUGGUAAUGGCCCAUGUCCUCAUCAAUUUGGUCGGAGGCUGUCUAUGUAUUUGCUCUCAGGACGAGUUUCAAAGAUCUUCUUCCACUAAGCAAAUCUCCAUGGUUUGUCUCGUCCUCACUUGGAUCGUAUUCGCCGUUGGAUUUGGAGCUUUGGUGAUUGGAGCGAUGUCGAACAGCAAGUCAAGAUCCUCUUGUGGGUUCACACAUCACCAUUAUCUAUCCAUUGGAGGUCUCUUGUGUUUUCUUCAUGCCCUCUUUUGUGUCGCGUAUUACGUUUCUGCCACGGCGGCUAAAGAUGAAGCUGCUAAGUGACAAAGACAGUCACGGUCAGUGAUGGAAAUGGUGGGUCCUUGUCCUUGACUAUGAUGAUAGUUGUGUAACAAUUUAUGUAAAAUUAUUUAACAUAAUGCAUUUUUUUUCUUAAAUUGUUUCACUCAUUUCAAAGUCUUUUGUAAUUGGGACAUUUUGAGAAAAUCGAAAGCUUUCUCUGUCUUUUA